AUGAGACCAGCUGGCAGUUCUCAUUAUCGCAGCUGGGAGAACAUGGUUCAACAGGAACUGCGGUAUAUACACUCAAGUCUUACCCAUGAACCAUUGAGCCCAAUGUUUCGAUCUGCGACCCUGAAAACUGUUGAAGUCUUUUGGAACGGUUUGGAGCUGUAUCCCAAGUCCUGCUGGAGUCCUGCUCGACCGGAGCCCUGCAUCAGCAAGGUCGAGCCUUCGAGUUGUCGACAGGGUGUGGGAGGAUGCCAUAACUUUUUGUUGUGCCGUGGGGUGCCACCGUGCGUUGACCCUGCAGAGCAUUUGGACCGGUGCACGCAGGCGGUCUCUAACCUUGGCCGAGGUGCACCUCCCAACCUUGGUCCAGGCCUUUUUUUGCGGCAGAUUGGGUUUUUAAGUCGCUUCAUCCUCCUUCAGAGUGCCAGAAACUCAGGCCAACGUGCUGCUGAGCAGGUUGCGCGCCUCCGCGAGGGGCGCCCCUUGGUGGUGGUGCACAACGCAGGGGUGGCUUUCGACUUACCGUGGUUCGAGGCGCCAUGGCCCGCCGAGGCUGCACGGAAGACCUUAGAUGUCAACCUUUUUGGUUGCAUCCGCUUGACCAGCGCCCUCUUGCCUGAGCUACUAGCUACUGGGGCUGGACGGCUGGUUGUGGUCAGCAGUGGGGCUGGGGCGGCCAACCUGUCGAAGAUGUCGGAGGAGCGAAGGCAGCAGCUCAUGGCAGCUGACGAGAUGGGCAUUCAGCGGAUGUGCGAGGAAUUUGUGAAGGAUUAUGAGGCCUCAGCACGAGAACAAGCCGAGAAGCCUUUGCCCAUCCUGAGCGAUUCUGGGUUUUGGCUCCAGUCCUACGGCUUCUCGAAGGCUUGCCUGAACCGCUGGUGCCAAGUGAUGGCUGAGCAACACUCGGGACGUCUCAUUUCGGUAGCUUGCUCUCCGGGUUUUGUCGAGACGGAGAUGGUGAAGAGCUACAAGGGUGAUUCCAAAUUGAAGAGCGUCGAUGAAGGUGGAGAUUUGUGUGCAUGGCUCGCGUGCUCGCCGGCGGUGGAGAAUGGCUACUACAACCCAGACCGCACUCGGGCAAGCUGA